AUGCUUUUUGUGCUGGUGAUAUUUCUCAAUAUUCUGCAAUCUGCGCAAGCUAAAAGCACCGCUACAUGUUCCUGUCCACCGGCACAGCAAUGCAAACCAGACUGUCUAAAUGUAACGGAUGAUCAGAAUCACCGAUUACGAAGACGUGAAGCCGCCACUGAGGAUGCCGAUGAGUUCAUCGAUCAACGUAAAUGCAACAGUGACCAGCUGAAGGAAGUUAUGUUACAGAAUAUGGCGGGACGAACGGCGAGAGAAGCGAAGACAAAAAUCAUGCGAGCAGCCGAAGCGCAGCUUGGCGGGCAUUUCAACGUCAUUUGUGCCAACGGCGACUUCUCGUAUAUCACAACAACAAGGCUUUAUUGCCUGCAGGCACUCGAUAACAUUAACUGCUAUGCCUUCCUCACUGAACUCGCUAGUGCCAUUGCCUAA